AUGUCGUGGUUUGGUCUCUCUUUCGCCAGGCCUGGAGACAAGAGGUGGACAAGGGUGCUCCCCAAAGAUACACACGCGGUCGGCGACAUCCUUUACAAUGACAAGGAUGGCUUGUUCUACAUCCUAUAUUUGAAUGGUUCCAUUGGUACCUUGGAUCUCAGCGGGCCUUCACCAUCACUGACCAUGAUCAUGCGCCGCGAGAUAAGUUCGUCCCCUUAUCAUACCAUGUACCUCGCCCUUGGUUCAUCAGGUGAACUCUUGCAGGUAGAAAGGAAGUGGAGUCCCAAAAAUAUUUCACUAAAGUAUCAUGACACUUACCGAGACAUCAACCUAGCCAGUGAAGAUGACCAAGAUAUUGAUGCAUCACGACCGCUUGAAAUGGCACAUCGGCUUGUCAAGAAGGCCAGCACGGUCCAGCUCCUGGUCUUCAAGGUUGACAUCGAGCGGCGGAAGUUGGUGAAACUAAGGGACAUUGGGGAUCACGCGCUCUUUCUUGGGCUCAACUCUGCCGUGUGCCUUCCGACCAAGGACUUCCCGGCGUUCGAGCCAAACAGCGUCUACCUCACGGACGCCUGUUUAUACUACGGCCCAAUGCUACGAAAAGUUCUUUGCAUCUAG